AUGUUUGACACCCUCGGCCUUAACAGCAUUGCAUCAGGGGCCUUUUCUACUGUGGCUAUCGUUGGGGUUGAGGUUCAGCAAGUACUGCGGUGUUCACUCCGGGACGGUCCCUCUGCUCCUCCCUCUGUGCAGGUGCUGUCUCUGGGCGCAGACGUGUUGCCGGAGUACAAGCUCCAAGCUCCUCGCAUCCACAAGUGGACGGUGCUGCACUACAGCCCCUUCAAGGCAGUGUGGGACUGGCUAAUACUGCUGCUGGUCAUCUACACUGCCAUUGUCACACCGUACUCCGCUGCUUUCCUCCUCAAUGACCAGGAAGAGGCGGCUAUGCAGAGCUGCGGUUACUCCUGCUCGCCCCUCAACGUAGUGGACCUCAUAGUGGACAUCAUGUUCAUUAUUGACAUCCUCAUCAAUUUCAGGACGACAUAUGUGAACACCAACGAUGAAGUGGUGAGCCACCCACUGCGAAUCGCCGUCCACUACUUCAAAGGCUGGUUCCUCAUCGACAUGGUCGCUGCUAUUCCCUUUGAUCUGCUCAUCUACCGAAACGGAGAGGAGACCACCACUCUGAUCGGCCUGCUGAAAACUGCUCGUCUUCUGCGAUUGGUCCGCGUGGCCAGGAAGCUCGAUCGCUACUCGGAGUAUGGUGCGGCCGUCCUCUUCCUCCUCAUGUGCACCUUCGCCCUGAUCGCUCACUGGCUGGCCUGUAUCUGGUAUGCCAUUGGAAGUGUGGAAAGGAACGGUUCUAUUGGCUGGCUUCACACACUGGGCGAUCAACUGGGAAAACACUUCAAUGACUCCAUUCCAGGGUCAGGACCUUCCAUUAAGGACAAGUAUGUCACAGCUCUGUACUUCACCUUCAGCAGUCUGACCAGCGUGGGCUUUGGAAAUGUUUCCCCAAACACCAACUCAGAGAAGAUUUUCUCCAUCUGUGUCAUGCUCAUAGGCUCCCUCAUGUACGCCAGUAUCUUUGGGAACGUGUCGGCCAUAAUCCAGCGGCUGUACUCAGGCACAGCCCGCUACCACACUCAGAUGCUCAGAGUCAGGGAGUUCAUCCGCUUCCACCAGAUCCCCAACCCUCUCAGGCAGAGAUUGGAGGAGUACUUCCAACACGCGUGGUCCUAUACUAAUGGCAUCGACAUGAACGCCGUGCUGAAAGGCUUCCCAGAGUGUCUUCAGGCAGACAUCUGCCUCCAUCUGAACCGGACUUUGCUGCAGAACUGUAAGGCUUUUAAGGGCUCCACCAAAGGCUGCCUCAGGGCCUUGGCCAUGAAGUUCAAGACUACCCAUGCUCCUCCGGGUGACACUUUGGUCCACGCUGGCGAUGUCCUCACCGCCAUUUACUUUAUUUCCAGGGGAUCCAUAGAGAUCCUGAGAGGGGAUGUGGUGGUCGCCAUCUUAGGGAAGAACGAUAUUUUCGGGGAGCCUAUUAACCUGUACUCCCGCCCGGGUAAAUCCAAUGCUGAUGUCAGAGCUCUUACCUACUGUGACCUUCAUAAAAUCCAAAGAGAAGAUGUCCUGGAGGUGUUAGACAUGUAUCCUGAGUUCGCCGACAACUUCUGGAACAACCUGGAAAUCACCUUCAACCUCCGAGAUAACAACAUGAUUCCGGGCUCUCCAAGCAGCGACGACUCAAACGGAGGCGGAUUUAACAAAUUAAGAAGACGGAAGUUAUCAUUUAGACGACGUACAGAGAAAGACGAUGCUCAUGCCGGAGAAAUUAAAAAGUCCCACAAGACUGUGAGGAGAAGACAAAAAGAGACAGCUAACUACCAGAAACAGGAGGAGGCGACAAAAAGGCAAUGGGAUAUGCAACGGAGCUCAGUGUCUUCCCACUCAAGUGGUGAUGAGGGGGAGGAGUCUGUUGUGAUAGGUCUUGCCCCUCCACCUGAGAUUUUGGGUAAUCCACAUAGUCAAGCCACAUCCACCAACCCAGAUAACAACGAGGUGGAAGGAGACCCCAAGAGUGGGAACACAUGCAACGCCCUGUCAGGUGCAUUCUCAGGUGUGUCCAACAUCUUCAGUUUCUGGGGGGAGAGUCGAGGAGGGGGUCAGUACCAGGAGGUGCCCAGCUGUAGCUUGGCCUCUCCACCAGCUCUCAACACGCCCAUACACAGGCUGAGCCGCCAGCAGCGCAGCCAGCUGGACACACGCCUGGACCUGCUGCAAAAGCAGCUCAACCGGUUGGAGAGCCGAAUGUCCACAGACAUUGGAGCCAUAAUGCAGCUGCUGCAGAGACAGAUGGCUCUGGUUCCUCCUGCCUACAGUGCUGUGUCCACACCACCGCAGGCCUCACCUUACCCUGGGUCUGGACCAGGACUAGGUCCAGGAGAGAGACUGGUUCAUCCUGUUACACCUCUGGAGACAGAUCCUCUGUCUUCUUUAUCUCAGGUGACAAAAUAAAUAUACAUAUUUUUCUUUGCUGACGUCUCACCUCCUGUUACCGUACAUACUCACGUAUUAGCCGAUUUGCGAAAA